AUGACUAUAACUUCUGAAAACUUACGACAUCCUCACCCUCAUCCUCGUCCUCAUCACGACGAUCUGGCUCAUAAAGAUAAUAACAACGAGAACAAGAGGAUUAAACCCAACGAUAUGGACAACAGCAUCAACAGCAACAACAACAGCAGCAGCAACAAUAAUAAUAAUAAUACGAAUGAUAAUACAAAUAAUAAUACAAAUAAUAAUACAAAUACUACAUCAAAAUCUAACAUAUCAUCAACAACAACAACACCGCCUCCUAUAUUCAAAUUACAUUCACAAAUUGUCGAAUCCAUUUUUCGGCACUUGAAAUCAUUGGAAAUAGUCCAUUGCGCUCAAGCAUGUCGUCAAUGGAAUAAACUGGUUCGUAAAUCGGUGUAUCUACAAUUAAUGUUAAGACAGCAUAUGCAUCAAUCACAAUCAUAUGACGGUGAAAGAGAUUUCCCAGCAGGAGAAAGAUUAAGAAGGUUAUUAACAAGAGAAACCAAUAUAGAUUUAUUAAGACCUAGAAUAACGGAAUUCGAUUUACCUCAAGAUCAAUUCUUACAUUCAGUCGCAGGUAAAUAUGUUGUCACUCAACCAGUUGAUCAACCUACUAAAUUAGAAAAAGAAGAUAAAGGUAAAUGGACUUUGUGUACCGUAUGGGUACAUGGUAAACCAACAAAAGUUAAAGUGGAUUUUAAACCGUAUACGGACCUGUUCGAUGUUGAUAUACAUAAUGAUGUCAUUAUCGUACAAGAAGAUGAAGGUCAUGGUAAAGAUGCAAAAACAAAUUUGAAUAUGAGAAUCUUACACUUGUUUAACCAGACUGAAGAUGCCGAACCGUACGAAAGAGGUGGUUUCAGAAUUAGAGAAGAGGGUUGGGAUGGCGAGGAACCUCAUAAUGUUAGUUUGACAGCUGGUCAAAGAGUCAUGAUCUGGUGUGGUGGUAUAGCUUGGAUUUAUGAUUGGGGUAAAGGUGAACGUUUGGGUCGACUCCCACCGGUGGCUCCAGCCAUCUGGGAAAGUAAUUUGGGUAUGGCUUGGGCAGGAAAAGGAAUUGCCCUCGGUCUUGAUAUGCCUCAUAAUCCAGCUGCAGAUGUACCCAAUCAAGCUGCCACCCUUGCUGUUUUCGAAGUCGAUACCACUUAUCCUGGGACGAGUUCCUUGCCGCUUUUAUUGGAACUACCAUUUUGUGCGGAUUUACUUGAUUCAACAGUCCGUGAUUUGCUGGAUCUUCCCGAAAGUGCUACUGUCGUCGUAAAAGAUCAAGAUCAUAUACCAUUUUUACAACGGAACGGUCCAUUUGGAUUGAUAUUGGUCGCGACUGAAUUUGUGAUAAAUGAAGAUAUAGAAUGGAGGUUAGUGAUCGUUUUACCGACAAGUAGAUUGCAACAAUUCAAAUUGGAAAAACGACGUGAAAUACCACCACCGGAUGUGGCCUGGGGAGAUGAAUGGGAUCCUUUUGCAGGUAUAAAUCCAAUCCCUUAUGCUAAAUGGUCCAAACAUUCUUAUACUUGGUGUGAACCAAUCAGUUCCCCUUCUUAUUAUCAAGGUUUCUAUGAAGCUCAAAACAGUUUACGGCUCUAUAAUUAUAAUUAUGAGUUAUUGAAACGACAUGGACUUCUUCGUUUAUCUGUUUUAGAUUUCAAUCAAAGGAGACUAAGAGGUCUAGCAUGUGAUUUUAGGAAUUUAGGUGGUUUAGGUAGGGUUGGCGAAUUGACUAAUCAAUCAGAUGAUCCAGAUAGAAGAAAACCAAUUCGAUAUCGUAGAGAUGUUAUCCGACCUGUACAUGAGGUCGACGAUGGAAAUCUUGGAUGUACCGAGAUAUCCGGUGAUUUCGUUCUUGGCCAAUCUGGAAUCGCCAACGUGAUCUUAUUCGAUGGAGAAAGGUUGUUCCUCCAACAGAAGGAAGCUGGUAAAUGCUGGAUACUUGAUUUUGGAGUUAGAGAAAUAGCUGGUAAAGCAGGAGAAGCUCCAGAAGCUGAAAAUAAAGAAAAAGCGUCCGACUGA